UAAGUUCACGGCUCUUGACAUGACCAGAAAACAGUUUGUACUCAUCAGUUACAUACUCCCUUCAUCUGCCAAAUAUUACAGCAAGUUUGAUGGCAUAAUGAUUACAACCAGAGGAAAAAACUAAGCAGAACCACAUACAGAAACUGCCCUAGAAAGGAUGAAGGCUGAGUUACAACUUGACAACUGUGGUACCUAUUACCAACAGCAUCAAACCUGCUAUUUGCAGUCAGAUUUUGAACCAUAUUUUGAAUAUAACUAUAACUUUAUAUUUUAUGAGAAUGUUCAGAAUGUCUCCUCAGCAAAGGAGAACACUAAAGAUCUAGCUGGAAUUCCGACUGUGUCAGAGGCUUGGACUACAAAUAAUGAUGAGGAGCAAACUGAAGAUCCACAGAUUCCCUUGGAUAUUGAGAACCUGAACAAGGAGUUUAUGGUGGGAAGUGAAGAGCUCUAUGAUUCCCUGAUGAAUUGUCACUGGCAGCCUUUGGAUACUGUUGCUUCUAGAAUCCCAAAUAAUGUCCAGGAGUAACUCGGCAAAUACAGAGCAGUUCCCAUCAAGAUGCUAUCCAGUGGCUAUAUUGGUACUUUUGGGUGGAGGUCAGAAGUCAUAUUUUGUUUUGUUACAUAGGCAUUUGUUUGAAUAAACUUGUUGGGAGGAUUGGAGCAUAGUAAGAUAAUGAAGAACUACUCCAUAAAAAUAAAGAUAACCAGUAAAUGCAUUUUACUCAUUAUUUAGGAUGCAAGGUAGUGUACCCCAGGCAACAUUUUAUAAUUGUGCUUUCCAUAUAUAACCCAUAUUAGAUUGCCCUCUUGGGGAGGAGAGAGAAUUUUGGAACUU